GAGACCCGGGCCGACCCCCAGGAGUCGGGAGGGGUCGGAGUUGAGAAGAACAGCGUAGGGAGACGGCCUCGCUCCCGGCCUACCGCGGAGGUCGCGGCCCCUAUAGCCUAGCAGGCCUCCUGGGUCUCGGCCUGUCCUGGGCACCGCCACAUCGGCCCUAAUAUGGCGGCUCGUGCUGGGACCGGCCGGGUGCGCAGGUAGCCGGGCCGAGGUUGGGGCCAACGACUGCUCCCGGCAUUCCUUGCGGGCGUGGCGUGGGCUCCCUUCCCCCAUUCUCCAGGUCCCGCGAGAGGGAGACCCUCGGGCUUUGAGGUGAGACCCGAGGCUCCACUGGCCCGUGCUGUGGCGGGGAAGGGCGGGGUCACCUCGGGUAGUGAGCCACCGGCCUCCUCCGGGGUAGCAAGGUGUGGAGGAGGAGCACUGAAAGGAGGACACCCGCUCCACGGCCUGCUUGAUAAGGAGCCCUUUGGAUUGAGGACAUUGUCAGCAGUGGAAGGGAUUUAAUUGGAGACCUGUCACUGUAGCAGAGCCUUCAAACAUCACAGACGGGGCCAUCCAUCAACGAGGCAGGGAGAAAGGGCUGUAGCCCCAACAGAGAGCUCUGUGACAAUGUAGCAUGGCCCAGGGCUUGAUUGAGGUAGAGCGAAAGUUCAUUCCCGGGCCUGGCACAGAGGAGCGGCUGCAGGAGUUGGGGGGCACCCUGGAGCACCGGGUCACCUUCCGAGACAGCUACUAUGACACCCGGGAACUGAGCCUCAUGCAGGCUGACCACUGGCUGCGACAACGGGAGGGUAGUGGAUGGGAGCUCAAGUGUCCUGGAGCAGCAGAUGUCUCAGGACCCCACACUAAGUAUGUGGAACUCACGGCUGAGCCUGCAAUUGUGGCCCAGCUCUCUGAGGUGCUGGGGGCAGAGGUCCUGGGGGCUGGAGGUGUGGCUGCUGUGCUGGGCCCACUGGGGCUGCAGGAAGUAGCUAGUUUUGUGACUAAGCGUAGUGCCUGGAAGCUGGUGCUAUCUGGAGCUGAUGAAGAAGAGCCGCCGCUCCGGGUGGACCUGGAUACAGCCGACUUUGGCUACGCUGUGGGUGAGGUAGAGGCCCUGGUGCACGAGGAAGCUGAAGUCACAGCUGCCCUAGAGAAGAUCCACAGUCUCAGCAGCAUGCUUGGUGUGCCAGCACAGGAGUCGGCACCUGCCAAGCUGAUCGUGUACCUACAGCGCUUCCGGCCUCAGGACUAUCAGCGCCUGCUCAAAGCGAAUAGCUUCAGAGAGAAGCCACAGGGGACUAAAGAUCCUGACAGUAGCCUGGGCUAGGGUGUCACUGCCUCCACGGGGAAGAGAGCUCUGGGCCCAACAGGUUCACUCCUGGGCUGUGCCUCUUCCCCCGCUUCCCUUCCCACAGUGACUCCUCUCUCCAGCUCUGCCUGUUCUUCACCCUACCCUCGGCUCUCCUUCCUCGAGCCCUCCCCGGCUGCCUCCUCUCCCUCAUCCGUCAGAUGCAAUCUGUGGGCCGCCCCUCUCCCCUGGCCGCUAAGCAGUCUCCAUUGAUUUCCGCUCGUGUUUAUAGGAUUUCCACUUAGCCGUGAUCAGUAGUUAAGCACAGGAAAAUCCCUUGCCACCCCCUCCCCCCUUGGUCGAUGCCAUUGAUUCUGCCAGCGGCUCCUAAACCGCCUUACAGCUGAGUUAGAGAUGAGGGAAGGCAGCAGGGAUUUCCCGCCUUGGUGGGUGGGGAACAGCAGCAGGUUGGGGAAAUGGGUGGGAAUCCCUGUUAGAAAUCUGGAAAUUCUGGUUUGAUUUUGCCACUGUGCCCUGCUGUGGCCCAGAGGGUAGAGUGCCUCCUGUGGAAGUUUAGGGGCAAAUUUGCUCCCUAACCUGGAGAGGGGUAGAAAGAAAACCCUCCUUUGUUGAAACAGGCUUCUGAGGCACAAGGGAAGAGACAUACUUCCUGUGUAAGAAGGCUCUUGCCUUGCUGUUAUUCGUAUACGUUUUCUACCUCAAAUAUACUCAAAUAUGGCUUUCCCCCCUCAGGCUUUAUUGGGCUUUCAUUACUGGUGGGGGAGGGGGGCAGGCCCCCACAGUUUUUGCAGUGGUGAGCACAGGACCAGAGCGCCAUCUGCUGGCAGCCCGCAGGUGUAGGCUCCAAGUGGCUGGGGGCCCCCGGGUUUGGGA